AUGGCAAAGCGCGCAAAUCCAGGAGCUGCACCAUCAUAUGCUCCUCUUCCAUCUGUCGACGCUAGGGCUCGCAAUGAGUCGGGUUUUCAAAAAUUCAUGCGCGAGCAAGUGUGGGCGGCCGACAAAAUUGGCGGGAACAUUAGUAUCCUGAUUGGAGUUAGCUUUUUCACUGCUAGCAUCAUUGCGACACGUCAAUGGGGUUCAUUGCUGCUCGUUCCUUCAAACUAG